AUGGAUUCGCUUUAUCGAAGCGAAGAAAUGUGCUUAGCGCAAUUGUUUCUGCAAGCGGAAGCUGCGUAUACUUGCGUUGCAGAGUUGGGUGAAUUGGGUCUUGUGCAGUUUCGUGAUCUUAAUCCAGAUGUAAGCGCUUUCCAACGAAAAUUUGUGAAUGAAGUACGACGAUGUGACGAGAUGGAACGAAAAUUGAGAUUUUUGGAGCGUGAAAUCAAAAAAGAUUUAAUACCAAUGUUGGAUACAGGUGAAAAUCCAGAUGCUCCACAACCGAAAGAGAUGAUUGAUUUAGAGGCAACAUUCGAAAAGUUAGAGAAUGAAUUACAAGAAGUUAAUCAAAAUGAGGAAAUGUUGAAGAAGAACUUUUCGGAAUUAACGGAACUGAAGCACAUUCUUCGGAAAACGCAGCAGUUCUUCGAGGAGGUGGAAUAUGGUAGGUGGCCGUAUGCAAGACGAGAAGAGAAUCAACGUUUUAUUCCUGAAGAGGAGCAAAGUCUUUUGAGCGAAUCGCGAAGCACGGCAAUUUUGUGUUUGGGAUUGCACGAUUCACACCUUGCUCAAGAAAAAGCUGGAACGGAAACGAUCGUGCCACCAAAUGCGUCAGUCGGUGGCGGCCUCCCGGAGCAGAUCGUUUUGCAGGAAACUGAGGGAAUAGGCAUCGAGUUAUCUGCCGGAGUCACCGGCCAAAUGUUUGCUAAUUUUGGUUUUGUUGCUGGUAUCAUUCAGCGAGAACGGCUUCCAGCGUUUGAACGACUGUUGUGGCGAGCCUGUCGUGGCAAUGUCUUCUUGCGGCAAUCUGAAAUAGCGGAACCACUGAUAGAUAUUACCACUGGAGAUCCAGUCAACAAUUCAGUAUUUAUUAUAUUUUUUCAAGGUGAUCAGCUGAAAACUCGUGUCAAAAAAAUUUGCGAAGGUUUUCGAGCAACUCUUUAUCCGUGUCCAGACACUCCUCAAGAACGGCGAGAGAUGUCGAUAGGAGUGAUGACCCGUAUUGAGGAUCUGAAAACUGUUUUAGGGCAAACGCAAGAUCAUCGACAUCGUGUCCUGGUUGCUGCAUCGAAAAAUGUGCGAAUGUGGCUAACAAAGGUGCGUAAAAUUAAAUCCAUUUAUCACACGUUGAAUUUAUUCAACUUGGAUGUCACUCAGAGAUGUUUGAUUGCUGAGUGUUGGUGUCCGGUAGCUGAUUUGAAUCGGAUUCAGCUGGCACUCAAAAGAGGAACGGAAGAAUCAGGAAGUACAGUACCGUCAAUUCUAAAUUGUAUGUCAGGUAUAACAGAAGCACCUCCAACUUUCUAUCGUGUUAAUAAAUUUACCCGUGGUUUCCAAAAUAUUGUUGAUGCAUUUGGCAUUGCAUCAUAUCGAGAAAUAAAUCCGGCUCCCUACACAAUGGUCACAUUCCCGUUCAUUUUCGCCGUUAUGUUUGGCGACUGUGGCCAUGGAUUUAUUAUGCUUCUCUGCGCUCUCUUUUUCAUAUAUCGAGAAAAACAGUUGGAAGCAGGUCGAGUAAAUAAUGAGAUUUUCCAAACAUUUUUUAAUGGUCGUUAUGUGAUAUUUUUGAUGGGUUGUUUCUCUGUAUACACCGGAUUUAUCUAUAACGAUGUAUAUAGCAAGUCGUUCAAUUUAUUCGGGAGUUCAUGGCGUAAUAUCUACGCAGAUUUAAGUAAAUAUGACCCUGAGCAAGAACUUAUGCUUACACCACAGUGGGCUUAUUAUAAUUUGUCAGUUGGACCUUAUCCUAUAGGUGUUGAUCCAAUUUGGAAUCUUGCUGAAAGUAAUAAAUUGAGUUUUUUGAACUCAAUGAAAAUGAAAAUGUCUGUCAUAAUUGGUAUUGCGCAAAUGACAUUUGGUCUCAUGUUGAGCUAUGAGAAUUACAAAUACUUUGAUUGUCGCUUGGAUAUCUUAUAUAUGUUUAUCCCACAAAUGUUCUUUCUUGGUUGUAUUUUCAUCUAUCUGUGCAUAGAAAUUCUCGUCAAGUGGUUGCUUUUCUCAGCUAAAAGUGGCUAUGUUUUGGGUUAUGAAUAUCCAUCAUCUAAUUGUGCCCCGUCGUUGUUAAUAGGACUUAUUAACAUGUUUAUGAUGAAGAAUCGCCCAUCUGGAUUUAUCGAUCCUAAAGGAAAUGUGUAUCCGCAGUGUUAUCUGAAUUUCUGGUAUCCGGGUCAGUCAUUCUUUGAAACUUUAUUUGUGCUCAUUGCAAUAGCGUGUAUCCCAGUUAUGUUAUUUGGUAAGCCGUAUAUGCAAUGGAAGGAGCACAAAGAACGAGCCAUCUUGGGCAGUUCUAACUUGAGUGUUCGUGCUGAAUCGAAUGAUGAAGAUGUACAUAUAAUCCACAAUGAUUUAUCGAGACCAUCAGCUACGCAUAUUGAGGAAAAAUUCGAUUUUGCUGAAGUUAUGGUUUAUCAGAUUAUACAUACCAUUGAAUUUUCUCUGGGUUGCAUAUCACAUACUGCUUCAUAUCUUCGGCUUUGGGCGCUUUCGCUUGCUCAUGCUCAGUUAUCAGAUGUUUUAUGGACAAUGGUUUUCCGUCAAGCUUUCAUGCUAAAUGGUUAUAUGGGAGCAUUGGCGACAUAUAUUUUCUUUUUCCUGUUUGCAACUCUUUCGUUUUCAAUUUUAGUCUUAAUGGAAGGUCUCAGCGCUUUUCUACACGCUCUUCGUCUUCACUGGAUUGAAUUUCAAAGCAAAUUCUACAAAGGGCUUGGUUAUGCCUUUGUCCCCUUUUCAUUCGACAAGAUUCUGGAAGAGGCUCGUUUUGCCGAAGAAAAUAUAUAA